ACCCACGGGAACGGGGGAUUUCGGUAGCCUUUUAACUUUCUAUCUCAGGAACCAGAAAGCCCAAGCCGGUGAAAGGCCAGGCAAGCUGCGCACGUCCAGCAAACUGCCCAGAGGGGAGGCCCCGGAGCGGGGCUUCCCGGUCCCCCGCUCCUCACCUCCCGGGACUUCCAGGUCUUCCUCGCCCCCCACCCUCUCCCCGCCUCGCCCCGAGGGCGUCACGUGGCGGCGUGGGACCCGCCUCCGGUGACGUCACCGCGCUCGCAGCCGUCGCGCUGAAGAAAGGAUGCUCUAGGAUGCUGUGCAGGUGGGCGGCCGGACGCGCCAUGCGGCACUGCAGGUGUAACUAGCAUGGUCAAUGCAGGAGCGAUGAGUGGUUCUGGAAACCUGAUGGAUUUCCUCGAUGAGCCAUUCCCUGAUGUGGGGACAUAUGAGGACUUCCACACCAUCGACUGGCUAAGGGAAAAGUCACGGGACACCGACAGACACAGAAAGAUAACCAGCAAAAGCAAGGAGUCCAUAUGGGAGUUCAUCAAGAGUCUGCUGGACGCCUGGUCAGGAUGGGUGGUGAUGCUGCUCAUUGGCCUGCUGGCGGGCACCUUGGCUGGGGUCAUCGAUCUCGCCGUCGAUUGGAUGACCGACUUGAAGGAGGGGGUCUGUCUGUCUGCCUUCUGGUACAGCCACGAGCAGUGCUGCUGGACGUCCAACGAGACCACUUUUGAGGACAGGGACAAGUGUCCCCUGUGGCAGAAAUGGUCGGAGCUGCUGGUGAACCAGUCAGAGGGCGCCAGUGCUUACAUUCUGAAUUACCUAAUGUACAUCCUGUGGGCAUUGCUGUUUGCGUUUUUGGCCGUCUCCCUGGUGCGCGUGUUUGCACCAUACGCCUGUGGCUCGGGUAUACCAGAGAUAAAGACCAUUCUGAGCGGCUUCAUCAUCAGGGGCUACUUGGGGAAGUGGACCCUGCUGAUCAAGACUGUCACCCUGGUGCUGGUGGUGUCCUCGGGCCUGAGCCUCGGGAAAGAAGGGCCGCUGGUGCACGUGGCCUGUUGCUGUGGCAACUUCUUCAGCAGCCUUUUCUCCAAGUACAGCAAGAACGAGGGCAAGAGGCGCGAGGUGCUCUCGGCUGCCGCCGCUGCUGGAGUUUCCGUUGCCUUUGGGGCUCCAAUAGGAGGUGUGCUUUUCAGCCUUGAGGAGGUCAGUUACUACUUUCCCCUGAAGACCUUGUGGAGGUCCUUUUUCGCGGCCCUGGUGGCGGCCUUCACGCUGCGAUCCAUCAAUCCCUUUGGGAACAGCCGCCUCGUUCUCUUUUACGUGGAGUAUCACACGCCCUGGUACAUGGCCGAGCUCUUCCCCUUCAUCCUGCUCGGGGUCUUUGGGGGCUUGUGGGGAACGCUCUUCAUCCGCGGCAACAUCGCCUGGUGCAGGAGGCGCAAGACCACCAAGCUGGGCAAGUACCCGGUGCUGGAGGUCAUCGUGGUGACCGCCGUCACCGCCAUCAUCGCCUACCCGAACCCGUACACGCGCCGGAGCACGAGCGAGCUCAUUUCCGAGCUGUUCAAUGACUGCGGGGCCCUCGAGUCCUCCCAGCUGUGUGACUACAUCAACGACCCGAACAUGACGCGGCCCGUGGACGACAUCCCGGACCGGCCGGCCGGGGUGGGGGUUUACACAGCCAUGUGGCAGCUGGCCCUGGCACUGGUCUUCAAAAUCGUCAUUACCAUCUUUACCUUCGGCAUGAAGAUCCCGUCGGGUCUCUUCAUCCCCAGCAUGGCUGUGGGCGCCAUGGCGGGCAGGAUGGUGGGAAUCGGCGUGGAGCAGCUGGCUUACCAUCACCACGACUGGAUCGUCUUCAGGAACUGGUGCAGGCCCGGAGCGGACUGCGUCACCCCCGGACUUUACGCAAUGGUGGGAGCCGCCGCCUGCCUAGGCGGGGUUACCAGGAUGACGGUGUCGUUGGUGGUCAUCAUGUUUGAAUUAACGGGUGGCCUAGAGUACAUUGUGCCCUUGAUGGCGGCAGCCGUGACCAGCAAGUGGGUGGCCGAUGCCUUUGGGAAAGAAGGCAUCUACGAGGCUCAUAUCCACUUAAACGGGUACCCGUUUCUGGACGUGAAGGAUGAGUUCACCCAUCGCACGCUGGCCACUGACGUCAUGCGGCCGCGGCGCGGAGAGCCACCUCUGUCCGUGCUCACCCAGGACAGCAUGACCGUGGAGGACGUGGAGACGCUCAUCAAGGAGACCGACUACAACGGCUUCCCGGUGGUGGUCUCCAGGGACUCCGAGCGCCUCAUCGGAUUUGCCCAGAGGAGGGAGCUGAUUCUUGCAAUAAAGAACGCCAGACAGAGGCAGGAGGGCAUCGUGAGCAACUCCAUCAUGUACUUCACGGAGGAGCCGCCCGAGCUGCCGGCCAACAGCCCGCACCCCCUGAAGCUGCGGCGCGUCCUAAACCUCAGCCCGUUCACGGUCACGGACCAUACCCCCAUGGAGACGGUGGUGGACAUCUUCCGGAAACUGGGGCUCCGGCAGUGCCUGGUUACGCGCAGCGGGAGACUUCUUGGCAUCAUCACGAAAAAGGAUGUUUUGAGACAUAUGGCCCAGAUGGCAAACCAGGACCCUGAAUCCAUCAUGUUUAAUUAGAAACAAGGUGGCAUUUAUUUUGAGAGAAACACAACUGUGUCAUUUUAAAAGAAAUAAACAAACGAUAUGUUAUUAUCCUAAUGAACGAUUAUACGCUAGGGGCAGUGGAAACAAAAGCUUUG